AUGUAUAAGGUCAGGGCGUGCCAAGCUAAGCUGACAGCCUUGGAAGUGGCAGCCGGGCUAGUGUCGAGUCAUAGACACAUCCUGGGCCAGCUACCACUGUCGAUUGUCAGAUUCAAACUACCAUUGGCAACUGGGCAACUUGAAGGUAAUUGUCGUGCCACGUUUCGAAGAUCACUGACUAUUGAAGAUUUAGUAGCGCAGUUGCCAUCUAGCUUCAACUCGCUUUUCGACAGCCACUUUCUAUCGAUAACCUACGCAUCUCCAAUUCAGAAUAUGCCUGAACUUCAGACAGAGGCGAUUACAAAAGUUUCACAACAAGACGGUGAAUGCGAGGUUCCCGGCGGCGGAGUCACGCCUCCUCCGCCUCCUCCGCAUCCACCGACUCCUCCAUCGCCUCCACCGACUCCUCCACCGCCUCCACCGCCUAGAGAAGUGCCGAAAGUAGGCCUAGAACACUUUCCCAACGUAAUCCCUGCUUCGGCCAGCAUUAUCAGCCCUCUUGUCGCCACCCGUCUCAGUCUCAUCACCACUGACGGUCACAAUGGCAGUGGGUGGGCCUUUGGCGUCGGAGAGGGACUUGACGUAACCGGAGGAAUGCUGGGGUACAGCUCUUGGGAGGUAUUGACGUCAGGCGCGAAUUCAUUCGCCGUUGUCGCCACUGUUGACGCUCUUGUGGUUACCUUCAUGAUCAAUGGCUCCCCUCAAGCUGUCUUCGUUGGCGGUGGGAUAGGCGAGGAUGUGUCCGGAGGCUAUGGCAAUGAUUUCACCUGGGAAUGAGUACUAUAUGUUCAACUAUGCCAAGAUAUUUGAUCUCGUCACGUUGCUUCUUAUUUGUAGUGGGUAGAACACAUACUAUGCAAAUCCUUCCUUUUAGUUAUCGGUGAGGCACUACCAAAACACUGCU